AUGGAAGGGUGGCACAUAGUGAAAUUCAUUGAAGGGAAUGAUAUGGUGAAAGCAGUACCUGAUUCCUGGAUAUUUGGAGAGUCUGAAGACUACAAAUGUCUAUGGCCAGAUACUAUUCUCGGAGUAGAAAAUUCACCAGAUGAUAGUUUCUAUAUGGCAACUCAAAAAGCUGAAAUGGCCAAGUAUACCAGUGAGUUAGAUACUGAGAGCGAAUUCUCAAGAGAGCAUCGGGGAGAGGACAUUUUGAAUAAAAGAAAGAAGGAGAAGAAUUUACCCUAUAUAUCCACUGUAGAUGACGCAUCCACUCUAGAAAAAGUUGCUAGGAGAUCACCACAAUUCAAAUUACCAACACCUCCUGAAACCUCCAUCCCAUCAAGCAUAUCUACACAAGAAGAAUAUGAGCCUCAAAUCAUUCAUAAAGUUAUGCGAACGGAAAAUCCCGAAGAGAAUCUCAAGCUUCAGAUAACAUGUUCCAAUGAUAAAACUGAAUCUGGAUUGCCAAAUAAUUGUAAUUCAGAAACCUCGAUCCCAUCAAGCAUAUCUACACAAGAAGAAUAUGAGCCUCAAAUCAUUCAGAAUUCCAAUAAGAAAACGUCAACAGUUUCCAAUGAAAAAAAUAUUGAUGAAGAAAAUCCUACAGCAGUAAAUUUCGAAAUGAUUGAAAUUAUUGAUGAUUUGGGAAAUGUCAUAAAUAAUAUUCAUGAUCUCCAUGAGACAAUACAGAACGAAUGGAAAGAGCAACCUAUUAUUGUUCUGACUGAAACACAGAAGAAUGAAGAAGAAGACCAACCACAGGAGGACAUAGAAGGAAGCAAACAAAAACCACGAAAGCGUAAGCUGAAGCCAGCUGAAUGGAAACUCAAUGUGAGAAAAAAGAAAUGUCAGUCAGGUGAACAAUAUGUGAAUGUAAGAGGAAAAGUAGUGAAGGCAAGAAGCUUACAGAACAAAAAGAAUUGUUUACAGAACUGUAAAUUCAAUUGUGCAAAACAAAUAUCCCAAGAUGAAAGGAAACAGGCUUUCAACUCUUACUGGUCUUCAACUCAAAAUGAAAAAUACUUGUUUUUGAGAAACACCACAAAAAAAGCUAUGAAGGGCCGAAAAACAACUGGCGAUAACGUUUCUCGGAGAUGUUAUUCAUUCACUUAUUUUAUCCAAGUUAAGGGAGGAGACAUUCGAGUAUGCAAAAAAUACUUUCUGGGAACUUUCGAUAUAUCCCAAAAACCUGUGUACACUGCUCACCUAGAACCUAAUGAAAUAAAAAAAGAUAAUAGAGGAAAGCAAAGUGAAGAAAGCGCGAAAAAGGAAGAAAUAAUGACCCACAUAAAAAGUUUUCCUGUUAUAGACUCCCAUUAUUGCAGACAGAAUACAAAAAGGAAAUAUUUGGAAGCGAAUUUGAGUGUAGCGAAAAUGUAUGGUCUUUAUACAAAGUGGUGUCAUGAUAAUGACACUACUGCGGCCAAAUUAUCAUAUUAUCGACACAUUUUCACUACCGAGUUCAAUUAUGGUUUUCACGUCCCAGAACAGGACAGAGGUAUAAGAUGCGAAUCAUUCAAAAUCAAAAAUGAAGAGAACACCUUAGCAGAAAGGAACAAGGACAGAGAAAGAGCUAUGGAGAAGGGGAGACCUGAAACUGCACUAGAUGAAGCUACACAGUCUGAAAAUGGGGAGGUUUUCGUAAUACAAGUUGAAGAUGAUGAGGCACAGGCUCCAAAUAAACAAAGAUCUAAGAAACACACUCGUGAAAAUCCUCCACCUACUGCUUAUAAGGAUGAGCACAGAAGUGAGAGAAAACGUCUCUCAGAAAUUGCCAAGGCCUUAGACAAUGACCAGAGGUAUGAAUAG